GGAGAGAUCCAAGAUGGGAAGGCAGAGACAAGUCUGUGACAUGAUUCAGGAGAAGCUGGAAGAAUUCCUGCCCAAAUAUGGAAUAAAUCCUCAGGCUGCUCUUGCUGUUGCCUGUGGCUCAGCCACGGCAGUUGUGCUAUGGAAAUGGAUGCAACGUAGAGGUAUCCAGAGGAAGAUGGAAGAGGCCAGACGAUGGCGAGAUAACAGCUUGGAACAAAUGGAAAAAGUCGUUUGGAAGUUUAAACAGAAGAACCCUGAAGUCCAGUCGGAAUUCAUUCUCUCCCUGUCGCUUGCAGAACUGGCAGAGAAACUUAGGGAAGAGUCUCUGUCUCCAGAGAGUGUUCUGUACACCUACGUAAACAAGGCUCUUGAAGUGACCCAUGAUGUGAACUGUGUAACGGAUUUCAUUCAUGGGGCUGAGGAACAGCUCGGGGAAGUGAGGAAGCAAAAGGAGAAAGGCUUGCUGUAUGGGAUUCCUGUCAGCAUUAAAGAUCACAUUGGAUGCAAGGACCACAUCUCUACGGGUGGUUUGGUGCAGUUUCUUAGCCAAGUAGAAAAAGAUGACAGCGUGAUCGUGAAGGUUUUGAAGAAGCAGGGGGCAAUCCCAUUUGUGAAAACCAACAUCCCCCAGAGCAUGAUAAACAUUGACUGCAGCAACUUAAUCUUUGGUGAGACACUAAACCCCCGAAAUCACAAGAAAAGUCCCGGUGGUUCUUCUGGAGGAGAAGGGGCACUUAUUGCAGGAGGAGGGUCCAUCUUGGGCUUUGGGACAGAUGUUGCUGGAAGCAUUCGCGUGCCCUCCAGCUUCUGUGGGAUUUGUGGACUCAAACCAACGGGCUCUCGACUGAGUGUUGUUGGCCUUGCUAGUCCUAUAGCAGGCAUGAAGUCAGUUUCGGCAACAAUUGGCCCUAUGGCAAGAGAUGUGGACAGCUUGGCUCUGUGCAUGAAGGCUCUCUUAUGUGAAGAUUUGUUCUGCCUGGAUCCCUCAGUACCGCCAAUGCCAUUCAGAGAGGAGAUUUACACCAGCUCAAAACCCCUCCGGAUUGGAUUCUAUGAAGAUGAUGGUUAUUUUGAGCCAUCUCCCAGCAUGAGGAGAGCAGUUCGGGAAACCAAGAAUCUUCUUCAGACAGCAGGGCAUACGCUCAUCCCUUUUGUUCCUCCCCGCUUUAACUAUGUAGUAGAUGAGCUCUUCACCAGAGGCCUCUUUUCUGAUGGAGCUGCAAAUUUACUGGACAAGUUCAAAGGAGACAUUGUUGAUCCUUAUUUGAAAUCCCAGAUUAAUUGUUACAGUCUUCCCAUUCUGCUGAAGAGGAUUUUGGCAUUCAUCCUCAAACCUGUGUACCCUCGGAUUGCCAGAGACCUCAAUGCACUCUGUGGAGUUGGAUCAGCAAAAAACCUAUGGAAACAUCACGUGGCAGUGGAGUCUUACCGUAGAGAAUUCCUUGCUGAAUGGAGGAAGCUGAAGCUGGAUGUCAUCCUCUGUCCUGUGUUGGGUCCAGCUUUUAAUGAAGGCUAUCCUGGGAAACUCUUUGCUGCUACAUCCUAUACCAAUUUAUACAACGUCCUGAACUUUCCUGCUGGGAUUGUGCCAGUCACCACCGUUACCCAGGCUGAUGAGGAAGAGCUUAAACAUUACAGAGGGCAUUAUGGUGACCCUUGGGAUAAGCGCCUGAAAGAGGCUGUUAAAGAUGCUGUUGGGCUUCCUGUGGCCGUCCAGUGUGUGGCCUUGUCUUGGCAGGAGGAGCUGUGCCUUCGGCUCAUGAAGGAGGUGGAGACUGUUGUCCAUGAGAGAAGAACAAAAAAAUGACCCGUUACACCUCAUUACAGAAGCAUUACAAAUGAAUAAAAAACAAUACAGCUGGGCGCACUAAGGGAUUGAGCAUGCUGCAAUUAAUCACUAAAGUAAAAUGCUGUACAGGGCACAGUUAUUUGUUAAAUAUGACUCAUCAUACUCAGAGGGAAGCUAUUUGUGACAAAGGCUUAGUUUUCACAAACAGCAAAUUAGGUGGCAAACCUGUGCCUGGACUGUAUUACGUCGAAUUGCAGAUGGGUAUUCCUAUGAUCAAGUGUUUCUCCAUUAGAAAAAUCCCCACAUACACAAAGCUAGCAUGUCAGGGAGAUGUCUGUGUUAGAACACCUCUCCCUGCCAUCACAUU